CAACCCGAGCUUAUGCCGGAUCGUAAGUAACGGUUUUGCAGUCGGUCAACGUGAACUAACCGUAUUAAACCGAAUUGAAAAAUGCAACUGAUGCAUGGCUGGAUCCUUCUGCUGCUGGCUAGACUUCCAGAAGCUGUCCGGGCGCAGGAUCUGCUGGAGCUGUCCUGCAGCUCGGACGCACAGUGCGCGCAAUUCGAGCGUGGCCGCUGCCUGGACAUGGCCUGCAUCUGCACGGCACGUGGCUCCAACGAGCGGGUGGCCUGCUCGCCGGUGGAGGAGAAACUGACCAACAUCAUUGGCGGCUCCUGUCCCUGCCCGAUGCCGGAUGCCAACUGCCAUCACCGGUGGGAGCAGUGCCUCUGCUCCGCGGGCCAUGUGCCCAGCGGCGACCGCCGGCGCUGUCUGAAGGAGGCUAUCGCUCCGGGCGGAAGAUGCGAGUUCCAGGGACAAUGCCAACUGGCGGACAGGUUCAGCUCGUGCUCCGGCGGUCAGUGCCUCUGCAAUGACCAGUUCGAGCUCCACGAGGGACGUUGCCUUGCCGUGCUACAAUCAAGAUGCAGCGAGGACAAGGAUUGUGGGAGCUGCGGAGCCUCCCUUUGCCUGACCAAAGUGAAGAACUGCGGUUGUGCCGCCAGCUAUGUGCACAACCACAACAUGACCAAGUGCGUGACGGGUUCCGGAUAUGGUGGCAGCUGCGAGCAUAGUGCACAGUGCAAGGUGAAGCUGGGAGCAGGAGGCCAGUGCCAGGAUCACAUUUGCGGCUGUCGCCCUUCUCACUACCCCAAAAGGGUAGCCAACGAGGAGGCCAAGGAGGAUACGGCGGAGGAGGACCAACGGGAACGGAUCGUCUGCGAACCCAUCGUGCCUUUCGGAGCACUCUGCCUCCACGAUGGCCAGUGCCGGAUGAAGUCCCUCCUGAAGGAGGCCAAUGCCACAGCACCGGCACCCAUGUUCUGCAAUUGGGGCGAGUGCUCCUGCAGUGAGAGCCACCGACUGGAGGACAACAAGUGCAUCCGUGUAGAGAGUGGAGCUGUGCGGAGCCAAUUGAGUUUCUUUCUCUUCUGUCUUCAGUUUAUAAUGAUUCUUUAUUAGGGUGUGUAUAGCAAAAAAAAAAUCGUUGAACUUAUAUAUGAACAGAACGAAUAAACGAACACACAGAUACAAA